AUGUCCGAUUCCAAGGUCAUUGACACCGCCGACUACACGCCAUCGGUCAACGAAGGCGCCGUACGUACCAAAUGGCAGACGACGCUUGACGAACUCAAGCAUACUUUUCUAACUAAGGAUGGCUGGAUCGGUGACUACGAUUAUGUCUACCUGAUCACUCCGAACAUAUGGCCUCUCAAUCGGAAAUACAAGGAUUACAGGGCACCGUUCUACGGUCUCAACGAUCGAGUACCCGUCUUGCUGACGCUUCUGCUCGGCCUGCAACAUGCACUUACCAUGAUCGGCUCCAUCGUCUCGCCGCCGCUUGCUAUUGCCUCCGGCGCAUUCAACUUCGAUCCAGCUAUGACCGAAUACCUCGUGUCUACAGCCUUCAUUGUUACCGGUUUUGCUACAGCUCUUCAGGUUACGCGACUCCACAUUAUGAAGACACCCUUCUUCAUCGGUACAGGUCUACUGUCCGUUGUCGGUCCUACCUUUGAUAUCCUGCCGAUCGUUUUCAACUACGCUGCUUUGCGGUACAAAUCUGGUACCUGCCCCGUCGACGCGGAUGGGACGCAAGGCCCAUGCCUCGAUGCAUGGGGUGCGUGCUUAGGGACCAUGCUAUGCUGCGUCUGGAUUCAGAUAGCAAUGGCUUUUGUCCCGCCCAAGUUCCUCAACAAAAUCUUCCCCAAGCUUAUCACCGGCAGCUUACUGACUCUUGUCGGAGUCUAUCUGGUUGGCAAUGGACUGCAAAACUGGGGAGGUAGCUCCAACUGCCAUGGCGGCGAAGGAUUCUACGCGUUGUGUCCAGAUGUCGCAGCUCCCCGACCCUUGGUCUGGGGUCACCCGAAGCUGAUCGGUCUUGGGUUCAGCGUAUUUGCAACCAUUAUUGCUGUGGAAAGUAUCGGAGCUCCCUUGAUGCGCUCCGCCUCCGUCAUCAUCGGGCUCGCGGUUGGAUGCAUCAUCUCCGGUGCUAAAGGGUAUUGGUCAACUGAGCAGCUUCAGCGCGCGCCUGGAGGCACGUUCCUGUGGGUGCACACAUUUAAGCUCUCAGUUGAUGGCGCCCUGGUCCUUCCUAUGAUGAUCAUGUUCGCCUGUCAAGCGGUCAGCUGUAUCCCAGAUAUCCUUGCUACCGCCGAACUUUCGGAUGUUGAUAUCGAAGGCACGGAAUUCAACAGCAGAAUCCAAGGUGGCAUCCUGUGUGACGGGAUUGGUAGCUUCUUCAGUGCGCUCGCGACUGGGCCACCAAUGGUGUCGCAAGCCGGUAACAACGGUGUUAUUCUCCUUACCGGCUGCGCAUCGCGACGGGCUGGAUGGGCUGCAAGCGGCUUCCUCGUUCUCAUGGGUAUCGUUGCCAAGUUCGGCGCUGUUUUCGCUUCCAUGCCUCCGUCAGUCCUCGGUGGUAUGCAAGUAUUCCUCUACAGCACCAUCGCCGUUGCUGGUGUUCGCGUGCUUGCCCUUAUCGCCUGGACCCGACGCGACCGCUUCAUUCUCACGGUUGCAUUAGGCAUCGGUUUCAUGGACAUUUGUCAGCCGGACUGGUUCGCGCAGAUAUUGGAUUACAGCGGACCCAACGCGAACCUGGUUGGGUUUGAACAAGGCAUCAACUUGGCUGUUGAGACUCCUUUUGUCAUCGCUGCGAUUGUGGGCGUUUUCUUGAAUCUGGUAUUGCCGAGGGAUAAGGGUGGGCUGCCUAAUGCAACUUAUGGCGACGAGCGGAAGCAUCCUGUGCUCGGCGAGCCGAAAGCUGGUUGA